GUCACCGCCGCCUGCAGGAAGCUGGGAGCGGGAUCUUGGGCCGGGAGUGCGGGCUGGGCUGCGUGCACCGGCUCGGCCGCCGCUGCCGGUAGUAUCCCGGGGCAGCCAUGACGACCGCCAUCCUGGAGCGUCUGAGCACCCUGUCCGUGAGCGGGCAGCAUCUGCGACGCCUGCCCAAGAUCCUGGAGGAUGGGCUGCCCAAGAUGCCCGGCACCGUCCCCGAGACCGACGUGCCCCAGCUCUUCCGGGAGCCCUACAUCCGCGCCGGGUACCGCCCCACCGGCCAUGAGUGGCGCUACUACUUCUUCAGCCUCUUUCAGAAACACAACGAGGUGGUCAACGUCUGGACCCACCUGCUGGCGGCUCUGGCCGUCCUCCUGCGCUUCUGGGCCUUCGUGGAGGCCGAGGGCCUGCCGUGGGCGUCUGCCUGCACGCUGCCCCUGCUCGUCUACGUCCUGUCCUCCAUCACGUACCUCACCUUCAGCCUCCUGGCCCACCUGCUGCAGUCCAAGUCGGAGCUGUCGCACUACACCUUCUACUUCGUGGACUACGUGGGCGUGAGCGUCUACCAGUACGGCAGCGCCCUGGUCCACUUCUUCUACGCCUCCGACCAAGCCUGGUACGAGCACUUCUGGCUCCUCUUCCUGCCCGCCGCCGCCUUCUGUGGCUGGUUGUCCUGCGCCGGCUGCUGCUACGCCAAGUACCGGUACCGGCGGCCCUACCCGGUCAUGAGGAAGAUCUGCCAGGUGGUGCCGUCCGGGCUGGCCUACGUCCUGGACAUCAGCCCCGUGGUACAUCGCGUGGUUCUCUGCCACCUGUCAGGCUGCCAGGACCCAGCGGCCUGGUACCACACCCUCCAGAUCAUCUUCUUCCUGGUCAGUGCCUACUUCUUCUCCUGCCCGGUUCCGGAGAAGUACUUCCCCGGUUCCUGUGACAUCGUGGGCCACGGGCACCAGAUCUUCCACACCUUUCUGUCUGUCUGCACACUCUCCCAGCUGGAGGCCAUCCUCCUGGACUAUAAGGGGCGGCAGGACAUCUACCUGCCACGCCACAGCCCCCUGGCCAUCUACCUGGCCUGCCUCUCCUUCUUCCUCGUGGUGGCCUGCAGUGCAGCUACUGCAGCCUUCUUGAGACAAAAAAUCAAGGCCAGACUGGCCAAGAAAGAUUCCUGAGGCUGCCAGGUGGGGCGCGGUGUGGAGGCGGCCUGUCCUGAUUUGGGGAGAACUUGAGUCCACAGUAGGAGAUGACUUUGUGUUUUUAAGAGCGGGCUUUUACAUGAGUACAUAUUUCCAAGGGUGGCUAUGGCUAUGGCGUUGGGAAGCCAAAGGUUCCAAGAGUUUUGUUAUACUGUCGUGAAUGAAAGGUUUAUCUUUCAUCCUCUGGGCUGUAGCCUUACGAGACACAGGAAGGGAAGGGACCUUGGCUAAGGUUCGUCGGACGCGGAAUUAAGAACCAUCUUCAUGCCUGAAAGUUGAGUAGAAUUCUGAAUGUCUGUGGCCUCUGGGGGCCAGCCCUGGACUAAAGGGAAAAUCUAAUUGGACUGAAGAAAUUACAAAGUGGCUGGACCACACUGUACUGAAAUGGGCAUUCUUCAGCGAUGCUGGUCUUUGGUGAUUGGAUACUGGAUUCAUCCGACUUCUGGUCCCUUCUCUAACCCGCUUUUCUCAGGAUGAUGUCUGCCUGGCUGUUUUCUCCAGAGUGCUAUUCACUCCUAGCUGUACCUUGCAUGGGCAUAGCGAGGACGAUGAAGCAGUCAUGCUUCCAGGAAAUGCUUGGAUCCAGGCAGACAGUCAGGAUAUUUACUCUCAUGUAAUACUAAUGGAAACGGUACUAGAAAAUACAGUGCCAAGAGCCAUCAGGAGGCCCAGCCAGCAAGCAUGGCUACUGUUUGGUGUCAUGGGACCCUUCUGUUUUAUCCCUGUGCACUGCAGGAUUACUUGAUGUCUACUAGGGCUGCCUUACAUGCCAGAAGAUCUGGAGCUUUCUUCAGAUAAUCUCCAGAUUUUGACCAGCAUGUUAAAAAAGCCCCUGGUAGAGUGAAUUGGUUCUAGGGAUCUGAUUAUUUCAAGAGGAACUCAAAGUCCAGCCUCUUAAAUAGAUGCUGCCCCAUGAAGGACCCAUGUAACUAUCCUAGUUCACGGUCCUUGGGAAAGCAUUGUACCUCAGCUUAGAGCAGCUUAAAUCAAGCCCCAGAACAGGCACGUGUGUGUACUCAUGCAAGGUUGGUCCCCGAAGGCUCCUCUGGGUGAGGCUGGUGAACUGAGCACCCUGUAGGCAGAAUGUUCUGCUAGGACAUCACUGGCCAGCAGCUUCUGUGGGAUGGGGGGGUGGGGUAGGUACUUACAGUUGAUGUGUCCUGGCUUCGCAGCCCCCUGAGGACCGCCUUCUGCAGUGAUCCGGGGAAGGGGGCUGCAUUGAAACUCUCCCCAAAGACUGCAUUUCCUAUCAGUAUAAGGUCUCUGUUUACUAAAAAGGGAGGUGGCUUUUCACUCCAGUUUGAUGAACCUCCUCUCUUCCUAGGUUACUGUCUUCACAUCUUUUUUUUUUUUUUUCCCUUUCUCUUGAGAGAUGUGUAGGGUUUGUGCCUUAUAAAUGAAAAUUUACAAACACUUCCCUUAAUACACGGCCAUGUGGAAUUUUCAGUUUGAGGUUACUGGGAUAAGAAAAGAGAAUUCAUUGCCUUUCAACCGGUGGAUGAAAGAAACUCAGAACACUGGAAUCACUUAUCCAUCAGAAGACUCUUUCAACGUGUGUUUUUUUGGGGGAAAAAGUUCAUCUGAAGCUUUCCUGUAAUCUUUAUAUCAAGAAAGCAUAGCAGGACGCCCAUGGUGGUCCAGUGAUUAGGACUCUACACUUCCACUGCAGAGGGUGUGGGUUCAAUUCCUGGUUGAGGAACUAAGAUCCCACGUGCCGUGGGCGGCCAAAAAAAGAGAAAGCAUAUGUCUUAUCAGCUAUGUUGUUUCCUCCUGGUGGAUUCCUCCUGGGAAUCCUCAAAUAUCUGAACUUCUGUGCUGUCCACAUGUCUUACACAAGCUUCUGGCAUUCAGGCCGAAUUCACCGCCAAUAAAGUUAGUGUCCUUGAACGGGAUUGAACUGAUAAACAAAGGAAUAGAAAGUUGCAUCAACACAGUGCAGGUAGAGGGUCAGUUUAAAAUGGAGACGAGAAAGCAUCUGAAAUGUUCAUAGUUAUGGAUUUGGAGACUCUCUUCUUGUAAAAGUUGAAAGUGUAAGUCAAGCUCUUGAAUGUAACCAUGGUACCCAUGGUGGACAGAGAUCUUUAGGCCAAAUGCAAGUAUUUUUAAAGAGAGACUUGAGGGGUGAUUCUGUAUGACAUCCACAGACCAAUGCCAGUCUGCACACGAAACAGUCUGUAACAAAUACAGAGCGACACUUAAGUUUUUAGAUAUGAACAUAAAAUUCAUAACAUUUUGAUUUUAAUUUACCCAAGCAUUGGUCCACCAAGUGAUUGGAAAUUUAAAAAGAAAAAGUAUUUUUUUCACCAGAGAUAUUUGAAAAGCAUUGAGGUAGGAGACUACUAUCUCAUUAGAAAUUCCAGUAUCUCAGGAGAAAUACAGAAACGGGAAAUGCAGGCGUUUUUCACUAUUCAGACUCUUGAGGGUUACAUACUCCUUUUAAAACAAUUUCAUUAAAAUGACUGAAUCAGUAAGGAAGCGACCUUGUUUGUUUAAAAGGAAUAAUUAAGUAUUUAAUAAAGGAGAUGGUUCUUCUUACUCUACCAAAGCCAACAGUUGACAUCUACUGGAAAUUCUGCUAUUAUCUCUCUCUCUGUCUCUCUCUCUUUUUUUUUUACUAAGACUUUCAAUCUAUUAAAAUGUAAAU